AUGUAUAGCCUGAGCAUGAAGAAGAAUAUGGAGAUCAUCAGGUGGUUUGGGCUGGGUGUUCAUCAGUUUGAGGAACCAGUUAAGGUUAAUGUGUGAGUAUCUGGAGGUGGCUGGAGGGUGGAUGGUGGCUAACGGACUGAAGUUGAAUCCUGACAAGACAGAGGUACUGUUUUUGGGAGAUGGGGGCGGGCAUGGGGGACCCCCUGGUCUUGGAUGGUCUUGAAUGGGGCAACUGUGCCCCUGAAGGACCAGGUGCGCAGGUGAGUCAUUUUGGACUCACAGGUGUCCAUGGAGGCACAGGUUAACUCUGUCUACCAGCUCCAUAUGGUAUGCCAGCUGCAACCCUACCUGCCCACACAAACUGUCUCACCAGAGUGGUGCAUGCUCUGGUUAUCUCCACCAGGUCCAUAUAACAAUGAUUCUAAAGGAACUUCACUGGCUCCCAGUAUGUUUCCAAGCACAAUUCAAAGUGUUGGUGCUGACCUUUAAAGCCCUAAUUAAGAUCAUUGCACCCAGAAGUCCAGACACGGGAAGUCACCUAAAUAAGUUUCAUUUGGCAUUUGAAUAAUUGGCUCCUUUUAAUUGGUGUAAUUUGGUUUGUGAUAAUGUGAUUGUCAUUGGAUUACAGUGGUACCUCGGGUUAAGUACUUAAUUCAUUCUGGAGGUCUGUUCUUAACCUGAAACUGUUCUUAACCUGAAGCAUCACUUUAGCUAAUGGGGCCUCCUGCUGCUGCCGUGCCGCCGGAGCACGAUUUCUGUUCUCAUCCUGAAGCAAAGUUCUUAACCUGAGGUACUAUUUCUGGGUUAGCGGAGUCUGUAACCUGAAGCGUGUGUAACCUGAAGCGUAUGUAACCUGAGGUACCACUGUAUUGUAAUUGAAAAUUAAUAAAAAAUAUUAUAUACAAUUAGUUAUGCCUCCCAGAAUAUACACUUAUCUCUCUCUCACACACACACAGCUAUUUAUGCUCCUGCAUAUAUGGAAAAGGACCACUGUCUCCUGUCUGCACUUAGGGGGUGAGAGAAUUUGUCUCAAGAAGGUCUUUCCCCAGGAGAAAUGGGCAAAGCAACCUAAAAACACUUAACAUGUUAGAUACAGUAAGGCAACAGAAAGGUUUUCACAACUUUUAAGAAAACGUUUAAAAGAGUGGUUGAGAUAUAUAUAUAUAUGCAUGCUUAAUCAUUAUUGGCAUUUUAAUCCUGCUACACAAGUAAGCUCCCAAGAUUGACUCACACAUAUCGAGAAGGCAGAUCCUGCCCUCAGCUCACAAUCAAAGAGACACAACAGAAAAGUGGACUGGGAGGGAAAAAGGGAACAGCAAGUUCAGGCACCCAUUCCAAGUCUCUCAGGAGAGACAUGUAGUCUCAUCCCUCCUUUACCCUGCUGAAACAGCUGCUGAAUAAGUCCACUUAUUAGGAAUAACAAGUGCUGAUAAACGUAGGUUAUUUAUGUUUCAAAGACCUGCUGGACUUCGGCGCCUAACAAGCUCACCAGCUGCAUAUUCCUGCGUUGCAGAAGUUUAUACUACAUGAUCCUCAGGGGCCCUUCCAACUCUACGGUUCAUCAGUUCUCUUGCAAGCAGUGACAGUCCCAUCAAAAGAUACUUCAGAAAUAGAACACUAGGUUCAUCCAGCAGGAUCAUCGGGAAUAUCUGGUGAUCCUUCAGUCUUUUUCAAUUUCACGUGAGUUGUUUUGUGAGCGGCAAGGACACCUGAAGGAAUGUCCUCCCAACCCUCUUUGACUGCAAUCAAAUAGCCGCUUACUUGGGAGGAGACCCCACAAAACUGAAUGGGAAUACUGAGUAGAGAUGCUAGGAUUGCACUGUUGGCAUUACAGGAAACUUUUACCCAUACACAGAUUGACAGGCCCGUCAGUGAGUUCUUACAAAAAACAAUUUCCCCAGUGGUUCAAAGAGCAAUAGAACCUCAACAGCUGAAGGCCUCGUUUGCAAGCAGUGGGAGUCACUUCAGAAGGUUCCACAUCUUCAAGAAUCUGCCCCAAACUCCACUAACACCUGCAGUAAAACACACUGUUCUUGAAUGUAUAAUGGACUUUAUAGAUAACAUUUAUGUUAAUAGCUUUCCUCAGCCCAACUGUGUAUGAUUGAAAUUCUUCCAGGGAAGGUGCAAUCUUCAAAGUCUAUAAGAGAUUGCUCUGUUCUGACUCUUCCAACACUCAGCGUCAUUGGAAGAUGAAUUGAAUUAGAAUUGAAUCUCUAGUUGGCUGUUACGACAUACCUGUAUAUUACUAAGCUAAGGCCAUAUAUUAUUGCUACUGUAUAAAGCCAAUGAGCCAGUCACCUGGUUGGGUUCUCUCAUGAACCGGAACUUCUAUUAGCUCAAGUGAGUAUCUCAUGGCUUAACUCGGUGUUAGAGACCUCCACUGGAUGCCAAUGAAACUAUAGUUCUGAGGCAGUGUGGUGUAGUGAUCAGGGAGUUGGACAGGAGCCUAGGACACAAGGGUUUAAAUUCCCGUCUAAAGUCCAAACUUCUAGUAUUAUUACUGGGAAGGAGGAAAAUUUUUGCUAUCCAUAUUAUCCACACCAUGCAGGACUUUAUACACCUCUAUUAAGUCCUGCCUUGCUGGUCUUGGUCCAUCAUAGCUAUUCUAUAGUUUCUUGGACUUUACUGAAGUUAAUGUUUCCUCAAGUUUAGAGGGCCCAGAUUGACAGCCCCAUCUUUGAGUUCUCACAAACAUGUUUUGCUUUGGCUCUGCAGAUGCCCAUUGAGUCACACACCAAUUCCAGGGAUUUGCAGAGCAGGUGGACAUUCUUAACUUGAUAAUUAUAAAAAUCAUGAUAAUUUACGUACUCCAGGGAUUUCGCCAGUGGUGGCCUUGGAGUCCACAAAUAAUCUCAGAAUCACAGGCAGAAUGAUAUACCUUUUUGUCAAAAGCCUGAAAGAAGAACUGGGUCAUAAAUAUCAGAAGCCAGGCCUGAGACAUUUGGGGCUGGCAGGGCUUGUUUCUGUGGGAGGCUUCCUUUUUCUACCUCUGCUUCUGAAGCUACUGUAGGAGUCCAGUUGUGCUUCUAAUGUAACUGCUGUCACAAGAGUGUAUGACUCUUGCAGGCAUAGCCAGGAUGAUAUUAGUGCUGCUGUUAUUUGUGCUGCUUAUGCCCCAUGGAGCCUGUGGGAUGCUGAAAGCAAAAUGCCCAUUGAACCUAAAUGAGGAAAGUGAUCCGCUGAAUUAUUUCAGGCCAGGAGACCACCUCAUUAGUGGGGUCAUAUUUCCAAGAGCUUAUAGAACUUACCCAUUCAAGUUCACCACCCCUCCCAAAAACACUGUUAUGACGUAAGUGACUUUAUGUUACCCAGCCUUCAUUCACAUUUAUGGCUGUUUGUCAGAGACACCAUUUAAUAUCUGGCCAUCCCUGAUAAAAACCUUCUCUCUCCUUUGGCCCUCUAUUGCCUUUGGAAGAAGAUUUGGGGAUUGAGAGUCAGCAACAAAGUACCUAGUAACCCCUUGGCAUCCUGCUUACAGAGAGGCUAAUUCUGAACCGUUUCACUAUUUUGGAGUUUCAUUAAUACAAAGGCAGCAGCUAAAGCACAGUUGAUCAUCUCAUGUCUCAUUUUGUAUUUUUAUGCAAAAACUGUGUUUCUUCCUAGUCAAGUAUAAAAUGCUUUUGACAGCUUCCCCUAUUCCUGUAUUCCAAAGAGAACUUUCUAACUUAAAAGUCCCAGGUGGUCUUGGGUGUAUUUGGAUUACAUUGUAUCUUAAGUAAGUAUUAAAUGCACUGUGCAAUCUUGCAUUUGUGGAUCAAAGAAAGUGUAAAAAUCAGAAUGUAAGGAUACCACCUCCUUCCCUUUAAACUCUAUGGAACGUUCAAAUCAGUAUAGGAAUCUUACUAGGUAGUUCCACCACCCUCAGAAGUUAAGGUGGGUAGCCCAAGAGAGCGCAUUUCUCUCUUUCAUAUCUUCUCAUUCUCUAAAGAGUUCCUAACAAGUCUCUGCACUUAAGAAACUUUACAUGAUCAUUUCAGUCUAAUUCACCCCAGUUCAAGCUCCACUAAAUGCUACUCCUUUCUUUCUUGGUGGAUCUGGGUAAGAUUCUGCUCCUUCCUAGCUGCAGAGUUUGGCCCGUUAGAUAUAAAAGCAGCAGGCUCUUCUGAUAUUCUUAUAGAGCAAGGAGUGUUGCAAGUUGUUUUCAUUUAAUGGGGAAUAGGAUGCUAAAAUGAUUUUUCGUGUAUUCAUUUAUUUGCAGUUGGUCAGCAUGGGACACCACACCAGUCCUCUCCAUCUUGUUUGCAACCCAGGAGAUCACCCAGUAUCUUAAGCAUUUAGCCAAUGUCACUCUGGGCUAUAGCAUCUAUGAGGCCGCUUUUGAUGUCAGGACAACUGCCGAUGCCAUGCUAGACAGUAUCCCAAACUACAGCUGUGGAAGACAGAAUAACGUGCUGGCCGUUUUUGAAGCAACUUCUUCUGAAAUCCCCAGCCAGAUUUCAAGCAUGUUAGGCAUCUACAAAAUGCCACAGGUAGGAAUUGGAAGAGAAGAAAUCAAUUAUGUUUCAUUCCUCUUUGCUGUCUCUCCAGCAGUUGUGAGGAACCCCUUCAUGCCCCAGAAGUUUCUAAACUACAAAGACAACCAUUAUUUUUAACCAUGUUUGUGCAGACUGAUGGGAGAUGUGCUUCAGCAAUAUCCUAAGCACCUAUUUUUCCAGGGAACUCAAAAGAGUAGCACCCAAAAAGAGAAACCAAAGAGGGCGGGGAAUCACAUUUUAAGAAUAUGGAAAGCGAUUUAGAAAACCCUCAGCUUCUUCCUGUCUCCCUCCCCAGUUUGUCAAUAGGAAGAUGUAGUUGACAGUAGCCCCUGGCUCCUAAUGAGUUCUUGUUUCUCAGGAAGACCAGUGGCUGUCUGGCAGCUAACACAGAGGUUUAGGUGCUUGCACUCCUUCAGACUGUGCAGCUGCUUAGCUUCUGCCUCUUAUUCUGUGUAGUGGCACAUUGUGACUCUAGAAAGAGGUUGGAGUGCCAAGACCCCUGAGGGCUCCAGAUGCCCUGCUCUGCCGCAGUGUCCAUUGGAGCCCCUUCCUUCUCUGUAAGCUCCAGGUACUCAUCUGAACUGGAUUACUCCAUCAAAGGCAUGGCAUGCAUCCAGAUGCAUCUUGUUAGCAUCUGGUUAGAUGAUCCUUUGGCUUGAUCAUGUGAUGGGACCCUUCGUGUGUAUUUCUGAAAACAUGACACCAAUCCUAUUUUUACUAGAUCAGUUUUGGCUCUGCUGCUCAGGAUCUGGAUGACAAAACUCAGUUCCCUUUUAUCUACCGGAUAGUCCCCAAAGAAGAAACCCAGCACAUGGGGAUUGUCAAGUUGUUGUUGCAUUUCGGGUGGACGUGGAUCGGUCUCUUUGUUCCAGACAAUGACAAUGGAGAAAGGUUCUUGAGUGCUUUCACACCUCCGCUGAUCUACAGUGGGAUUUGUGUUGCUUUCUUGGAAAAAAUUGGGAUUUUGACCCUGCGACAAAUGUCAUCCUUACAUUGUAAAGCUUCGGACUUGAGAAAAGUCAAGGUGUUUGUUUAUUAUGGGGACUCUGAACAUGGAAUUUAUCCAAUCAUGAUUUUACAAAGCAUUCCUCAAGUGAGGGGAUCUCAGGGUAUAAUCUGGAUCACAACAGACCUUAUGGACAUUGACGAUAUGUUGUUUCGUAACAUGCAUUCUUUCCCACCUGCCCAAGGUUCUUUGUCCUUUGUAAUGAAUACCAAAAAAAGGAGAGAACGCGGCUACUAUCCUCGACUAUCAUUUGCAACUGAAUCUGCAUCUGUGCAGUUUUGGGAGAAAGCAUUCAAUUGUUCAUGUUCAAAGGAUGUGCUGCCCAUGGUGGGUUGGACAAGAUGCACAGAAAAGGAACCACUGGAAGCAUUGUCCCAGGAGGAGAUGGAGGCAAUCUGGUCUCAAGAUCGUUACAGCAUUUACUACAGUGUCCAACUUGUGGCCCAGGCCUUAAAUGUCGCCUAUUCAUCCAGAUCCAAAUGGAUGUUAAUGGCGAGUGGAGGAGACAGAUUGGAACUUCAAAGGCUGCAGCCAUGGCAGGUCUGUCCUCUCCCCUUUUUUGCAAAUACUUUGUCCUUCUCUGGAAUCCGUUUCAGAUUGUAUAUUCUUUGAAGUUUAUCUCAUUGUAAUUAUUAAAUACAGUACGUAUAGGUUUCCUAUGCCUUAUCUUUGGUAGGACAUGUUAAUAAGUUUUUUUAUAUUGUUCAUCUAUUUUUGAGGUUCUAAGAUACUUUGAAAAUUGAUUAAAAUCAUGUUUUUUAAUAAUUAAUUUGGGAAAGUUAGGGGGGACUUUCAAAGCACAAGCUAAGCUAUGAAAAAUUGUUAAGGAGCAUUCUCUUACAUAAAGAUGAAUUAAUUACUAUAUUUCUUGCAUAAUAUUUGUAUAUUGCUUGACUCCUGAAAAAACACCUCAAAGCACUUUACAAAAAAGUUAAAAUAAAAAAAUUAUCACUAAAGAAAACCCUUAUUUAAAACAUAGAAAGUUGAAAUGACAAUAGGAUAGCUUAAAGCCAAUUAAAAUGCAUGCUGGCUUUCUACAGUUGCCAAGUGCUUGCUAGGAUGUGUCCUCUAUAUGUGUUUAUUUGAGUCAUACGUCCUGUGAAUUUAUAACCUGAUAAAGGACCUCUUGUAAUGACCAAAAGGUCAUCAUUUAGCUGACCCAAGGCCUCUGCCUCAAUGUCCUUGAUUUAGGACAAUUCUCAUGAAAUUGGUAAGAUGUCUGGAACCUUCCUCAAAGAAGAAAAACAAGACUACAUCCCACAAAAUAUCCAACUUCAGGAAAGGAUUUUCUCAAUCAUAUACCCGGGAAACAUCCUGCAACAACCUUGAUAUCAUGUUUUCUAAAUGCUGGCAUUUUCUCUGCCAUUCUAGCUUCACACUUUCUUGAAAGAAAUUUGGAUUUCCAAUUCAUCCAUAGGAGGGAUGUAUUCUGAUCAGAAUGGGGAGCUGACUGCCAACUUUGAUAUCAUGAACUGGGUCGUAUUUCCCAAUAGAUCUCACAGUAGAAAGAAAGUUGGGAGCAUCGAGGGACAGGCAUCUUCCUACAUAAAAUUCUCCAUUAAAACAGAAGCCAUUGUUUGGCCUGGGAGCUUCAGCAAGGUCAUUGCAUUCAUUCAUUCAGUCAUUCUUUCUUUCUUUAUUUCAUUGCAUAUAUAUCACUGGAGAACAAUUUUUUUUUCAUUUUCUGUUGCAUGAGAUUUUUCAACUGUUCAUAUAUGUUCUUUCAAUGCUGAUUUCAAAUCUGAAAUCGAUUUUCAUGUACAUGCUGUAGUUAUCUUUCAAUUUCCAACUUUUGCUGAUACGUCAUAUUUACACUGGGGAUAAGUGGACCGUGACACUUUGAUCUACCCUAACCACAUGGUAAUUAUUGUUAUGCAAACUUAAUUUUUCUUUAUUUUUAUAGUUUUGUAAUCUAAAUAUUUGUAUUUUUCAGAUUGGACCAUGGCUUCUUCAAGUAGACAAAAAUGUGUAAACAAGCCUGGUGCCUUUUGUUAUGUAUGUGGCUGCUACACACUUCCUCAUCAAAGACACAAAAACACAAGCAGUGUUUGUGAGGCGUGCCCAUAAAAGCUAUUUUGAAAUUCCCCUGGGCAACCAACACAAGAAAUGGGCUCCGCAUAUUGUUUGUCACAAUUGUGAGGAAAUGCUUAGAGACUGGACAAAAGCAAAACGGAAGAGUAUGCCUUUUUGGGUUCCCAUGGUUUGGCGAGAACCCAAGGAUCACACAAGUUUGGAUUUGAUAUCCCACUUUAUCACUCCCCUUAAGGAGUCUCAAAGCGGCUAACAUUCUCCUUUCCCUUCCUCCCCCACAACAAACACUCUGUGAGGUGAGUGGGGCUGAAAGACUUCAAAGAAGUGUGACUAGCCCAAGGUCACCCAGCAGCUGCAUGUGGAGGAGCAGAGACGCGAACCUGGUUCACCAGAUUAUGAGUCUACCGCUCUUAACCACUACACCACACUACACCAUAGUGAGUGCUAUUUUGUUCCCCAGUGGUAUCUAUAAGCUGUUGUUAUUCAGGUACUUGGUAAAGCCUUUCUGUUGUCCAAGCAAGAAGUUGACCAUUUUGAGAUCCACACAGAUGAUCCAGUUAUGCUCCUCACCAUGUUCAUUUCCAUCAUCUUCAGAAGAGACAAAACUGAAAUUGGGAGUUCCUCAGAGUGCAGGGUAGGUCUAAUUGCUGAAGGAAUACUGGGAUAGGUGACAGAAUGUCAGUUUUUCUUGCCGAUACCCUUCGUAUUGACCAGACAAAAUUAGCAUGACAAAAGGCAUCAGGCUUGUUUACACAUUUUUGUCUACUUGAACUAUUUGAACGAUAUAUGGUUUUCUGCCUCUUCAUUUAAUCCUCACAACAACCCUGUGAAGUAGGAUGGACUGAGAGGAAGUGACUGGCCCAAGGUCACCUAGAAAGCUUCAUGGCUUCAUGGGAAUUUAACCCUUAGUCUCCCAGAUUCUUGUCCAACCUUCUGACCACUAUGGCACAACUGGCUCUGGUUCCUUUGCUGUGACAUCUGUUACGUUCUGAUGAUAUGCUGAUAGGAGCCAUUUUCAGGUUAACCCUAAGUGGGCUCUGUGCAGAGUGAGACCCACUCCUGAUUGUGUAGAGCACAGCUGUUUUCCUUCUCUGUUUUCCCCUCUCUUUUUUUCAUAGCAAUUCAGAUAGAGAGGGGCAAAGAGAGGAGAGGCUGCUCUUAAGCUUGCAUUUCCAUCUAUCCCUCCGAGUGGAUGAAACAAGGACAUCCAUGGGCCAAAAGCUGGCAGUGUGGGCCUAACUGCCAUGUGGCCUUUAUCAGCUGCUCAAUAACGGCAACUGCUUAUAAAAGCACCAUAGUGCUUUUAUACACACCAUAGUAUAGGGCUGCCAUACCUCCGUGUUAUUUCAGACACAUCCAAGAAUUGGGCUGCAGAAAUGGCACCCAGGCAGCUUUUUGCUGAAACAGAAAAGUGUACUGGAGAAAUCAAAUGUAUGACAAGUAGGGCAAUUAAAAUAACAAUAAUUCAAAGCAAAGCACACAAAAAUUGAGAGCGGGGGAAAAUGAAAGCUCAAUACAGUGGAACCUCUACUCACGACCACAGUCCCUUCCAGAGGCCCAUCCUUAUAGCGGAAUGAUUAGCUGGUAGAAGCGCCGUUGUGUGCAGGUGCAUUUGGCGACAGUCGACUUCUGUGCAUGUGCAGAUGGCAGCAGCCGCUUCUGCGUGUGUGCGAGUCGCAGCAAACCCAGUGUUUAAUUCUGGGUUUUCCGCGGUAGCAACUUGGAACGGGCCUAAGUAGAGCAGGACGUAAGUAGAGGUUCUACUGUAACUUUGUCCUGAAUAUGGCAACCCUAUCAUAGUAACAAACACAAAAAAAAACAAUAAACAUCAAAUACAGUUUGAAAUGCCAAAGUUUGUUUGAUCUUUUGUGGUCAACAAUUAAAAAUGAAACUUUAUACAAGUUCUCCACAGUCCAACAAAAUUUGGAAGGGUCUCAUUCCCAUUUUAAGCUUUCUAAUCUGGCCUCAGUAUUCUAAAAAUGAUAUUUAUUUGAGGAUUGUUAUUAGUCAGGGCCUUCAGAUGAUGUCUGUAAUUCAUGCUGAUAUCCUUUUAUGCUCUUUCUCCUUGUUUUUAGGUUGUGCCUCAUUCAAGAUGCACUGAAAGCUGUCGCCCUGGAUAUGCCAGAGUUGCUAAAGAAGGGGAGCCCUUUUGCUGCUAUGAUUGUGCUCCUUGUGCGGAAGGGACCAUCUCCAUUCAGGAAGGUGGGUGA